AUGCGAAUGCGCAUGUAUUUCGGAUCCAAGGCAGGGCGCUUUCUUCUGGAGCUUGAGCCGGGCAGUGACUCAGAGCAGUGGCUGAAAGCAGGCUCCGGGGCACCUGCGCAGCUUUGCACGACUACAGUAUCUUCACUAUUCCAGCAGACGUGUGGUAAGGUUUUGGUAGGCUUGUGCUUCUUAGGCAUAGCGCCCAGGGACAUCGCAAGGCAGACUGUUUGCAGGACCCUCUUGAGAUUAAACUUGGUAGGCCAGUCUUUGGACUUGUUCUUCUUGCCACUGGCUGCUUGGGAUUUCCGCGUGUGA